GAAAAUCAAAUUUCCUACAUCAUUGAAAGCAGCAUUUCAUAAUACUGCCUGACCAGGAAGUCACCGGGAACUCUGAAGCCUUGCAGCAGCAGCCACUUCUUGAAUGGAGGUGGGGGAUUUACUGGAGGAUUGCCUCAGUGCAGCCAAGCAACAUAAGAAACGCGUUCAAGCCUCUGACUCUGUGAAGCUGAAGUACAGUCGUUGCAGAGAGUCUCUGUGUGAAGAACUGGCCUCCCUGCUGCAGGAGGCAGAGCAGAUGAAGUGGCCCUUUGUGCCAGAGAGAUGGCAGUAUAAGCAGUCCAUCAGUCCCACAGACAAGACCAACCUCAAUGACAUCAUCGGCAAAAACGUGCAACAACUCUUGGAUCUUCUGAAGUCCUCCAUCAUGGCUCAGGAACCACAGACAUCCCUGGCAGUGAUCUUCCUAGUGGACCGGUUCCUCUACUGGGCCGAUGAAUCUACACGACUUCUAAAGAUCACCAAGCUCCUGAACCGACUCUACCCUGAUCAACCUAUAGCCCCUCAGCUGAUCAUACGGCAGGCCAGGGUCUUCCUUAACUCUGGAAAACUUCAACAGGCAGAAUCCAUCUUAAGCAGUUUGAUUUAUAGGAAUGGGACGACAGGUUGUUGGGUCUAUCAUUGUGACAGUGACAAAGUGCUCGUUCAAGCCGUCAGUGUUCAAGUGCGUGGAACGGUUUUGCAAAAGUUGGGCCUGUGGCUGCAGGCCGCAGAGCUAAUCUGGGCUUCUCUGGUUGGCUACUGCUCGCUCCCUCAGCCUGAUAAGAAGGGCAUUGGAACCUCUCUUGGCUUACUUGCUAACAUAUUUGUGUCCAUGAGUGAUGAAGACUUCCAUGCUUUUAAGACGGGACCAGAUAUUCAUUUUUCAUCUUUACUCGGGAAUGCUGGGAGUCAUCGUCUUCUUUCCGCCGCCCAGGCAGCUAAGAUGGCUGUGGUAUACAGUCAGUAUGCUUCACUUUACGUGCUGACUAAUGUGACGGCUCACGGAACCUCCUUGUUGUCGUACAGCUUCUCACUGACAUGCCCUCCCUCUCAAAGAACGGCCUUCCUCCAGAAGGCUCGAGAGGCCUUCGCAGUCGGCCUUCUCACCAAAGCAGAGGGUGAGCCGGUUACCAGCCAGCAGGAACUUCACACCUUUCUGAAGGCAGCCUAUUCCAUGACCGUCACUGACAAAUGGCUGGACGCUCCAAAGGACGUUGUAGAGGAGGCUGCUCAAGCUUGCCUGCAAGCUUUAGAAUAUUUCUACAAAUACUGUGAUUCCAGUACUCAAGACAAAGAUGACCUGUCUGUUAGAAUCAUGCAAGAAGUCGCUAAAGUCAAGCAGCUGCUGGGUGUGGAGCCAUUCCCUAAUUCAGAUAAAGAAUCUUUUAUUCCAGACAGCUACAGAAAUGACAAAGAUUACUCUGUAAAUUUCACCCUGGAGGGUUUCUCAAAGAUGCUGGAGAGACAUCAGAAAUUCCAUGCAUCGCUGUGUGAGGCCACCAAAAGUUUCAGGGAGACGAAAGGCAAUGACGCAAAAGUUUUAACAGCACUGAAUUUAACUGUGAGCACGGUCAAGUUGCCUGCUUUUGAUAAAGAAAGUUCAUCAAAAGCAGCCAAGCAAAAUUCAGGAAGCUCAGAUUCAUCCAGCAUGUCUCUGUCUCAAAAGAUUGCUUCUGCCCCAAUUCAGGAAAACACAGACCUCCUGAGAUCUUCCUGUCAAAAGUCUUCCGUGAGAAGUUCAGGCUCUCCUGAGCACAGCAGUGGUGCUCAUAUAACAGGAAGUAGCGAUCAGAGCAAUGUUCCCACCAAGAGUGACGAUGAUAAUGAUGACAGUGUUUUAUGCUCUGCUGAUGAAAACAAGAAGCAAAAGCCAGAGAGCCAUACCUCUGGCAUCACUUCAUAUCUGGUUCCAAAGUCCAUCAUUCCUAAAACCACGGGUCAUUCUCGACACUUUGAAGAAAGUCAAACCAAAACCGAGACAGAAGACGCUGACAUGGACAUCCAGUAUCCAAAUCAGCAGAACUGUACCUCUGACAUCACUUCAUUUCCCAAACCUCAAACCCCAAGUCAUUCUCUACAGAUUGAAGAAAAUCAAGCUGAAAUACAGACAGACGUCUCUGAUCUGGACAGCAUGACUGAUGUUAAUGGUGAGGAGAAUAAAGGAUCUCUGCAUUCCCUGUCCCAGCUCGAUCUCAAAGAAUCUUUCAGCUCCUUCGGUGAGAGUUUUAGUUCCCAGUCUUCAUGGGGAAUAAUCUCAACUGGCCAAAACUCUCCAUUGUAUGAAAAAGCACAACCAGGUUAUGUGUCAAAACCAAGGAGUCGGUCUUCAGGUUCUGAUGGGAGCUUCGUCAUCGUGGAAACACAGAAUUCUGAAAGCAGCUCUUCACCUGCCGGCAUCGCAGAUCACAAACCACAAGAGAGGCAUGAUGUUCACUCAAAUAUAAAACUGGAGGACAGGUCAAGACCUGCUAAACCUGCCUCAGUGGUCCAAGACAAACCUUCACAGAGGGUUCCAGACCCAAACGCAACUACUGAGGAGAGCUCUGAGAGUUCAUACGAAAUGGUGGAGCUGAAUGAAAACGGGCUCCAAAGCAAUGAGGUGACUUCUGCAGGGAAAGCACCUCAGAACAAGAACACUUUGUGCUACAGCUGCUUGUGCCCCAGCACAACAGCUGCUCCUGUUCGACAGUUGGAGUUGUCCCAGCAGGAUUACCAGGCUCUACUGGCUGGAAUCUGUCGUGAAUGUCUGCAGAGGAGGCUCUGCAGCAACACAGACUUAUUCCAACUCCAAAACUUUCAAACUGCUCACAAUGCUCUCCACCUGAAGUUCUCCAAGGCCACAGGACUGUGGACGGCCCGAGAGACCUGUGUUUACAUCGGGCAUCUGAUGCAGAUGGAGGUGAAGGGCAAUCAGAGAAGAGCCAUAUGGGUCCAGUUUUUGCAUCAGGAGGAGAGGUUAAGCAGUUACGUGGGGAAGGAUUACUUGAAGCCAAGACAAAUCCAGUAUCACCUGAACGACGUGGAGCGCCAGAUGACGGCCCAGUACUACGUGACUGAAUUCAACAAGAGUCUCUACGACAAAGAAGUUCUGGCUCAGAUCUUCUACAUUCCCUCCGACGCGUUGUUGAUUCUAAACGGAGACGAGAUCGUGGGCUGCAUCACCGUGGAGCCGUACAUGCUCGGAGAGUUUGUGAAACUCACCAACAACACUGGGAAGAAAGUGAUGUCCGUCGAGGCAACGAAAUAUGGCCUGGCUUUUGGACACUUCACCUACCUUUUCUCUGGUCACCAGGAAGUUGUGGUAGACUUGCAAGGAUGGACGACUUCCAGUGGGAAAGGUCUGACUUACCUCACGGACCCCCAGAUUCACUCCAUCAGGACCCCCAUGGGCCCCUCAAACUUUGGUGAAAGGGGGCUGGCAAUUUUCCGGAAAGAGCAACAUGGACCAACCUGCAACGAGAUCUGCGACCUGCUCAGGCUCCCUCCACUCCUCUAGCAGACACAUGUUCACAGAGCUGGAGACAACAUGCACUGACUGAUGCUUUUUUACCAAUUUAUUAGCAUCAGAUGUUUAUGGGAAAUACAUCCAACAUUACUCUGAAUAUCUGAAUAUGUUUAUUGAUUCAACACUAUUGUCAGAUCAGCUAAGACUGAAGCAAGUAGUUUGAAAUUCAAAGCUGUUUGUAAAUCAGUACUUAUCACCAUCUUUAUUUCUCAAGAAAAGUGUUAAAUCUUCUCUUUUUUGUAAGUGUUUGUUUUGUUCAUUUGUUCAGAGCAUUAACAAUUAAAAUAGUUUUAA